AAAUUUCAGAGAUCAGGGUCACUGAAAGUCCCUGCGCUGCAUAGCAAUGCCUCGAUGGAUUUGGACUGGCUCUGGGAGGGCUCUGCGGUGAAACCUAGGCCUCGACCACCAAAAGUCUCUCCCCCGAAGUCCCGCUGCCGAAGCCGGAAGUUUGCUGCGCGCUCCGCACGCUCUGCGCGCUCUGCGCGCUCUGAGCACUGGGAUGGGACGGAGACGGAAUGGACUGAAGGGUCUCGCUUGGCCAGAAAACCUUGGCGGAAGACCCUGGCAGAGGCACUAGCAGCAGGCUCGCAGGUCCUGUCUUGGCGUGGUGAUACCUCCAAGUCAAUGCAAUUGGCAAACGAAGCCUCGCGUGAACUUGGUCAUCAUUACCGAGACUGUGUGCUGGCCAAAGCAGCUCACGACCGCCGCCGGGCGGCCAAAUGGGCUCGGGGUAAAGGCAGAGGCGAAGAGGGAGCCCAAAUGGGACCCCGCAACUCUGUUAUCGUGGAUGCAGUUCGAAAAUCAGUGACAGAACCUGGACUGCCCCUGGAUCUAGGUACCAACCUUCCAAUGGAAAAGAGAUUUAGUUUGCAAACGGCUUCAGCAAGAGCCUCCAUCACCAGACGCAUGUCCUUGAUGAAGUCAGAAGAACGGCCUGAAUCAAAAGAUUCUGCGAGGCGUCAUAGCUUGCAGCUACACAGCAUGGAACGGCGGAAGAGUCAGCAACCCACGAAGAUGAUGAAAUACAACCGACUCCAGCGGCUGUUGGCAGCAAAACAGGCUGAGUUUGAUGCCAUUCCUCCGCAUCAGCAAGAGAGGCUGCGUACGGCCUUCAAUCGUGCGAGGGAGGACAAACCUUCAUUGAAUGCGGGCCAGCUUCGUCAAGCCCUGACAGAGAUCAAGUUGACUGGCCGCAUGACUCAUGAGAAGGAGGCCAUUCAGGAAGUGAUUCGCGAGUCAGUGGCCGCUGGACAAGUGGAUCUUCUGGACUUUGCUCUGCAAGUGAUCCCAAGGGUGGAACAAAAGCUCUUUGAGGCCAAAUCCCCAAAGCUUUUGACGCUCUUUCAGAAGUUGGACGCUGUUGGCACUGGUGCCUUAUCAUCCACCGACUGCAUUGAAGCUUUGCGCAGACAUGCGGAUUCAUUCAGCACUAUACUGGAUGGUGAUCUCAUGGAUCAGUUUUGGCCCAUCUACGUCAAAGAGCUGGGCCAAAUGCGCAAGAUCAGCAAGAACAGCGAUGAGACGGUGGACUUCAUCCUUUUUCAGACUCUAGCUUCUGAACUGCAGGACAAGUUCACCUAUUUCCAAACGCAGAUGGAGGAGCGUGCUGCAAAGUCGGCCAAUUUGCCUCCAAACCUGGAGGCUGCCCAUUUCGGCGAAAUUGCUCUCAUGAUGCGUUUUUUUCGACGUUAUGAUCCGGCAUCGCGUGGUGUGGUUUCUGCGGAGCAAUUGGUACUGGCACUGAUGGAUUCGGGGACACUGCCUGUGGUUGGCCGGCUUCACCAUCACAUGAUGUCUUCAUAUGCGAACCAAGCCUGCAAACUCAUUGUAUUCCGAUUUCAGGACUUCAUCGAACAGGUGCACACUCUAAGAAAGGAGGAGAAUGCGGUUCGUGAAGCCGCUUUCAAGUCAUGGUAUACCAUUCAUAAAUGGCCGGAUGACACGAAGAUCCACAUCACAGAUAUGGCUCAGCUAAUUAUGGACCUCUCCUUGGUCGCUGACAGCUGCAGAAAUGUCUCUGAUGUUCGGCUGCUCGUUGAUGAUGUGCAGAGGGAUCCCUCAGAGUCUCUGUACAUGGAGGCGGCGAUUAAGCUCACUGAAAAGGUGGUGGAAACCGCCCGAGUGCAAGCACGAAGAAGAGAAGCAAUGGUGGCAGAUCAGGUGAAUUUCAGCACGGAGCAAGUCCUGAGUUUGCGCUCGUCCUUCAGCGAAAUGACCCACAGUGGAGUCAUUGGCCCAGAUGAUCUGCACGACCUGCUAACUGAGCUGUUCCCGGACCACGAGAUUGACGAUAACUUCGUGCAGGAUCUGCUGGAUGCGGCGUUGCCCUCGGGAUAUUUCCAAAGUGGCUCCAAACCCAUCGUGCGGCCCAAGCGGGAGGAGACCAUCACCAAGAAAUCUGCUCAGGCGCAAGAAGAGGAGGCGCAAGCUCAUAGACGAGCGCUUGAAGAAAGCAUUUUGAGGUUCGAUGGCUUUCUAUGGAUCGUUGGCCAUCUGCUGAAGCCAGUCUAA